AUAUAUAAAGUUGUUGCAUGUGAGCAAUGCUCAAUCAGUGCUAGUCCACUUGAAACCCACUCCGUUCUACGUUAUUCCGUAGCAUACAGGGAAGGCUCUCGUGUGGUGUGAAGAUAAAAUCAUUGAGUCGUUCCCUGUGGCGUGAAAAUAUCCAACAUGAGUUCCUGGUUGCUGAAAGUGGGAGUAUUGCUGGUAAUAUCUGCUGCAACGAAUGGAAAUCGUAUUUUGUCAGUUACAAAAUUCCAGUCCGGCACAUGCACGAAGGAAGGCAUCAUCUGUAUAAAUUGUAAAACCGCGGCGCGAUGUAUAUUUGUGAACAAUGUCUGGCAACCGGUGCCAUUCGAGGAUUGUAACGCCGAUGCUGGGUUUUUCUGUAACGUUAACGAGGGUGGAUGUUCUCAACGGGUAGGAGCAUGCAAUCCGGAUGGCCAGGAGGGAAGUUUUGUGUGCAAUACCAUGGGCGUGUAUCCCGAUCCAUACGAUUGUGAGAAGUAUCACUUUUGCUAUCAGAAUGGACAGAACCUGGUGUCCAUUAACAUGGUAUGCGAGAACACGGCCUUUUCUCCUGUGACAGGAGACUGUUCAUUACCUUUAGGCGACACAAUUUGCACAACCCCUCAGUGGAAUUGUUCACAAGCUGGAGAGAUGAACGCAUGGCCUGGAAACAAUAAUAUCUAUUAUGUCUGUAUAGCCGAAAACAGGAAUGGCAUUCGUGUCCUAUAUCCUGAACUUUUCCGAUGCAGCGCAAAUCAAGUAUUCAGCAGUGGGCGAUGUGUGGACAGACAAACAAUUCCGUCACUUCCCGGCGAAGACAAUUCAUACCGAUGUGACUCCCCUGGCUUAUUUCCAGAUGGUUCUAACUGCCGUUAUUAUUACUUCUGUGAUUCCAAUUUUGUGUCACAACAUCUUCUGUGUCCAUCUGGUAGCUAUUUCAAUCCACAAACUUCUUCGUGUGUCAUGGGUUCAUGUUGACAAAAUAGGAUGCUAUGAGUGUGUGUAGAUAUGAGCACAUAAAACAGAUGUUAUAUGCUUGCUAUUUUACUCAAUCAAUAUAUAAUAUAAGUUGUUCUUCUUAAUACAGA